AUGUUGCAGCAACCACUGAUCUAUUUCCACAUUACCAUUGUCCUCCUUAACACCUGGACACACAAAGAGCUUGUGGGCUGGACCACUGCAGACGAGUUGUACUCCUGCAGUGAGGACCACCAGAUCCAAAGAUCGAACCUGCUAACCAGUGAGAUCAGCCUGGUGGUGAAGGUGCAGGAGGACCUCUUCCCCAUUAACCUGCACUGGUUCCCCAAGACGGUGGGAGGCAAGAAUCAGGCCCAGGCCGAGAUCUUUGUGCUCACCAGUACUGACGCUGGGGAGGACGGGCAUGUCAAGAUCUGGUCUAAGAGUGGCAUGCUGAGGUCCACCUUGGCCAGUCAGAGGACCUGCUGCUGCUGUGGCUUGGGCCGGGCCUGGGACAGUUGUAAUGAGGUCAAACCCAUGAACACAGCCACUCCUCUGUUUAAUGUGUCCGUCUGUGCUGUUGUGAUUGUGAACCAUGGCAUUGACUGGACAGGUGUGAGAGGGAGUGAGCUGCACAGCCGCUGUUGCACGUACAGAUUUGUAGAGCGCAUGGAGGAACUGGUGGUGUCUCCAAACAGGUGUAGACACCUCAUCCACACUGCAGAUGCAUUCUGUGCAGGGUCUCCUGUAUACUCGGUGGACUGGAGCCCGGACUCUGAUAGGAUCCUGUACACGUCAGGCAGACUGCUGAUAAUUAGGCCCCUGCAACCCAGCGCCAAGGUCCAACAGUGGAAGUCCCAUGAUGGGACCAUUCUGAAGGCGGACUGGAACUCUGUGAAUGACCUGAUACUGUCAAGUGGAGAGGACUGUAAAUACAAGGUGUGGGACAGCUAUGGUCGUCUGCUCUACACGUCCUCGUCACAUGACUACCCUGUGACCUCCAUGUCCUGGUCUCCGGAUGGGGAGGUGUUCACAGUGGACUCCUUCAACAGCCUGCAUCUCUGUGACAAGCCCGGGGUAAGGGCUCCCCUCACACCCCACCCCCGUCCUUUGCCAAUCCCCCACACACCUCUGUAUACAGUCACUGUGUGUGUGUUUCAGUGUGACAAACCUGGUUCUGUAAGAGGUCCUCUGUCACUUCCCUAGUGUGUGGAAAUAGAUGGUGAAUGCAUGGUGUGAGUCUCUCGGUAUACCUCCCUCACUAGUCCCUGUCACAUGUUCAUAUUAAUACCUGGUGCUGAUCGUGCUGUUGAUAGUAAGUGGACUUGUAAUGGGAGAGGCCCGAGGGGGCGUGGUAUAUUGCCAAUAUACCACGGUUAAGGGCUGUUCUUAGGCACGACGCAAAGCAGAGGUAUAUUAGCCAUGGUAUAUUUAUUGACCAUAUACCACAAACCCCCGAUGUUCCUUACUGCUAUUAUAAACUGGUUACCAACGUAAUUAGAGCAGUAAAAAUACUUGUUUUGUUAUACCAGUGGUAUACGGUCUAAUAUACCAUGGCUGUCUGCCAAUCAGUAUUCAGGGCUCAAAUCGGCCAGUUUAUAAUUGUUGUUUUGUUAUUCUUCAGCGUAUGGCCAGAAACAACAUGUGGAGUCUCAGCUGGGUUUAUUGUUCAGUUAGAAUAGAAAUGUCAGUGUAUUGUUCUAUGAGAUGUGGCCUAAUGAAAACAAACAGCACAAGUCUCUGGUCCUCUGUACUGAUCACCACGUAUUUCAUGCUACAGUGUACAUUUUGAUCUAAUUAGGAUCAAAUUGCGUUUUUUUUUGUUGCACCGAACAAAUGGUCUGGAGAGAGACUCUGAGCCAACGCAGAUGUCUACACAACACCGAGGUUAUGAAAGAGUGUGUGUGUGUGCGUAUGCGUGCGUGU